AACUUGAACGUGCAACUAAUGAAGUGUGACUCUACUGACUGGGGUGGUAAGAUGACUAGAACUUCUUCGAUAUUCUUCUAGAAACCUCUGGACUGGAAGUGAUGAUUUACUUCAAAUGCAAUGAGGAAAUACCAGAGCCAUGAGAAAAGUUUCAAAGAGACUCCUGGUAAGGAGUCUAGUAGUUGGAAUGAUAGUGCUUGUAAUCUACUUCACCCAUGAGGUAUCCCGGUCGCUUGCAAUUAUUUGCCCAGACGAAAAGGCAAAAAAGAUCCUUAAAGAUUUGUGCCAGCUGUAUGAGAGCAACCACGUAGAUGGCAAUCUCUGCUAUGAUCUGUGUCAGACUGAGUCUAUCCAGUAUGUCUCCUGCUUCAACUACCACAGGGGCAAGGUUGUCUUCCGUGGGUCCUGGAAGGGGGAUCCUGUCAUUCUGAAGUCCAAGUACAGCCAUCUUUCAGACUAUCCACGACCUUUUGCCUCCAUCGUUGACAAAGAGGGCGCCAUGAGGACUGUGGUACCAGACAUAGCGCUGUUCACAUCCAUGGUCUAUCACCAGGUUAAAGGGCAGUUUGGUUUUGAGUUGGAGAUGACCGAAGAGGACUUGCUCAAACACAUGUGGAAGAGCAAAUAUAGUCGGGAAGAUACUCCAGAAGGACUAACCGAUUCAGAAAUCGUUAGCCUGUGGGCUUUGCUGCAGCAAGAGGAAUUUGUCCUGAACAAAUUCUGGAACCAAUUUCGCCAUUAUCCUGAGAUCUACGGCACGUGUGGCCAUUUUUACAUCCUGGAGUACGUGCCUCCGGGGUAUAUCCUCAACCCGAGCGCCAUCAGCAUGCAGCAUCAGUUGGCUUCCCUGCCCUGGUUGAAUCGGGCUAAGGUCGCCAUGGCCAUGGUGGAGUUCAUCGGGGCCGUGGACGAUCAGUUCCCGGAGAAACUGCACCUGUGCGACGUGAAGCACAGUAACUUUGGAGUGACGCAGGAUUGGGUGGUCAAGGCCAUCGAUGUGGACAUCACCUUCUUCCAGAAUCAGCUGGACACUACCCUCAACCAGCCGGAGUGCUCCUCUGCCCAAGAGUGCCAUUUCUUUGACUGUAAAGGGUCCUGCAAUACAACGUCGGGGAGGUGCAAUAGUCAGCGAUCUAAUACAAAUCUUCAGGCUGUCUGUGCAGAUAUCUUCAGCAGACAUUAUGGCACACCAGGCCUGCUCAGGUUACCUCCAACACAGGUAGCCAGACAGAUAGACUCAGUUCUCCAGGAGUGUCUUCAACAGAAAGGACUUCCAUUGGGCACGAAGAUAUCAGAAACACCUGUCUACCAAAGACUACUGGAGGUGCUCAAGAACAGUUUGCAGUAUGUGGAGAGAUAACAGCAGUUACUUGUGCAAUAAGAUGACAAGAGGUUUUUAUUUUUCUAUUAAAAAAAAACAUUAGGCUGAAAUAUUUUGAUUUUUGUUUAAUUUAACAUAUAAUAUAGACAUGUACAGUAGUGCUAUUUAUUUGUAUUUUAUAUAAAGAUGUUAGUGAGGCUUAUAAACUACUACUCCAGUUUACACCAUGUAAUAUUCAACAACGUGCCAAGGAAAGACACUGAUUUGAUUUAACGUUUUGAUAAGUACAUGAAGUACAAAUUUAUGUAUGUUUAUAGUAGAUAGCUCUUAUAGAUAUAUAGAAAUGUGUUAUUGCUCCACAGCUCGUCACAUAAUAUUAAUUGCGAGGAUCAUAAUUUUGUCACUCCUGGUCAUUUUCAAUGGUUUUAUUGACUACCUGGUCAAAUAAGUAUAGUUUUACUUUAUGUCGUACCUAAGCAUCCCUGCGCAUACUCUUUGUUUCAUUGUCU